AUGUGGCAACUGUCGGUGCGCGACCGCACCAUCAUGCCGAACCCGCUGUACGAGACCGGCAGUCAGGACUGGGUCACCAUCAGUCGCAAGGAGAGCCUGGUCGACUGGCGCGAUGUGGUGCGGCUGCGCCUGCUGCUGCGCCAGCCGGCGCCGCACUGGCGCGCCUUCCGGCUGGAUGAGCUGGUCGAGAACACGCGGCGUGCCGUCGAGGCCGAGAACGGCGUGCAGGUGUUCUCCAGUCCGGACGGUGAGAUCGUCUACAUCGGCGGCAGCUACGACAUCCAGGCGCUGCAGAUCCCGGAUAGCUGA